CAAAAUUGUGUUCAGUUGAAAAGCAACAACCGUAUGAGUCUUUCAUUGGAUCAUAUGCCACCUGCACACAGUAGACCAAUUUUUUGAACAGUGAAGAUGUUUCCGCAAUUAAGUUACGUUCGAUCUGAAGUGACCAUCAUGCCAUUUACGACGUUGUUGGCAUUUUUCCUUUGCCUGCAAAGUUAUCACCGUGCUUGCAGCGAGCUGACCGAAACCUUCCGCGACGAUUUUAAUGGUGCCUACGUGAAUGAAUCCAAGUGGUAUAUACAGAAGGACUUUCCGUCUUUUGAGCAGAAAUACGAUAUUGCUAAUGUCCGCUUGGAAGACGGUCAUUUGGUGCUGGGAACUGGAAGUCGACAGAACGGCUCGGGAACUGUAAUGACCGGUAGCAGAAUUUUCACCGAUGAUAAAUUCAAUUUCACCUAUGGCGAAGUGUUCGUACGCGCGAGAUUCCCGCGGGCCAGCAACUUACUUGCCAGCGCGAUUAUAGGGUUGCUGGCGUGUGGGAACACAAAAGAGCACAGGUGUACUGACUUCGAGAUGCUACCGCGCUUGCAGCUCUUCUCCAGAAGUACGAAUCCACACGUAGUCCUCGGCACUGUCUCUUACAAAGACCGCAGUGAUCGUGAAAAAAAAGCCGAUGACUAUUACUUUUGUGAUGCGGAACUGUCCUCUGACUACCACAUCGUAAGAUUGCUAUGGACCCGUGAUGUACUGGUCUGGUUUGUGGACGAGGAGAUGGUGCUUAACCAGACGGUGCCUGGACUGUCAACAUGGCCACGACUUUUUAUCGCUCUCACAUUAAUAAACAUGGAAUUCUACAGUGAGCCGAAUUUUCCGUUUAAUGCCACUAUGGCACCGAGACAAGAGUUUUGGAUUGACUACAUAUCCGUUCAGCAGAUCACUGAUGCCACUCGAAAUGAUCACGUUAUAACGACGGCCCUGGGAACCAUUGUUCCGGUUGGCGUAUUAAGCAUUUUUGCCAUGAUUAUUGGAAUUCGGAUAAGGCACAGACGACAGCGGCAGGGCAACAUGCAGAAGAUGGAUACGGGGAACAGUUUCGUUUCCAAGAUGUUUAGAUUCCCAAAUUUACUGUCUCACAAUGAUGAGACACUCGCAAUGUCCUCGGAAUUCCAAGACUGCAUUCAGCGCAUGGAAAUUCCAUUGGCGAGCAUCCGCUUAACAAAGAUCAUUCUGGCUUCCAGCGAAACCAGCGUCACGCUAAAAGGUUACUCCGAAGGAAUUCCGGAUCAAGAAAAAACGACAAUCCUCGCCGCAAAAGGACCGAAAAGUGCCAGUGAUCCUUGCCAACUGAGGUUAUUGACCGAGGAGAUGGAAACAUUUGUCAAAGCUGGGCAGCACAUGAACAUACUCUCACUGCUCGGAGUCGUACAGAAAAGCAAAACCCUUCUGCUGUUUGAGUACGCCGAAUUCGGAACGUUGCCGCACUAUCUGCACGCGCACGGCGGUAAUUGGUUCUACAAUCAGGUUGACCCAAACGGAAACCUCCUACCCUACGACGAAGACCUGGCUAAUCAGCUUCAACAGGCAUGUGACACACAACCCUCGGAAAAUAUCCAGAUGGAUUUCGACUGGCAGGUGCUGUCCACGCGCAGUUUACUGCGUUUCGCCUACCAUGUCAGCCGUGGAGUGGAAUAUCUCCACUCUCGCUCUAUUAUCCACCGCAAUUUAUCUGCCGGAACUAUUUUCAUCUGCACUGGACAGGUGGCAAAAAUCGGUGGACUGGAAUUGGCCAAGCAGGUCACGGAGUAUGUUGCAGCAGAUCGUACGGAAGUACUGUCGCUUUACCAUCUAGCUCCGGAGUCUGUUGGUGACUACAGAUUCUCGGCAAAGUCUGAUAUGUGGUCACUGUGCGUGGUUUUGUGGGAAAUGUUUAGUUUUGGGGAAGUCCCAUACGUUGAUGCCAAUUUAUGCAAAGACGCCGAGAUCCUUACGUUCUUGCAGACCGGGGAACGCUUGAAAAGACCGGAAAAAUGUCCCAAAGUAUUGUAUGACUUGUUGCUUGAAUGCUGGGAAUGGAAGCCCGAUGAAAGGAAGGAUGCAUCUUACAUAACGAGCGCCCUGCGCAGCAUCACUGACAAUGUGGCAGAAGAACCAUACCUCCGUCUUGAUUAUUGGUACACGCAGAAUAAUGUUGUCAGCAGCGAUUCCUUAACCCAAAACGACAGCAGAAUGUAGCCAAACGAACAACUUUCGUCUACCAUCGCUGCGAAUAUUUUCUGCUUGUGGUAAAUGCAUUUCCCACAAAACCACGCCCAUUGAUCACAUGCCAGUCUUAGAUCACCUAUUCGCUGGUCGGCUGAGUUUACCUUUUUUGGACGUCUUGUCAAGUUUAUCUUUUUUUGUAGCCGUGGAAGCAUUACUUUCUUAUGUACGGUUGAAAAAUUCUUCUUUUAUGCGAAAUGCCUUUACUCUGAAAACGUAGACCCGAACCCGUGAAACUGUUCCAGUUGUUAUCAGAAAGGCCGUAAGUGAACAUACUCGUACUUCUAUGCAUGUGUCGUAUUAAGAAAGCUGGAAAAAGAUGAUCCGAUCGCAUUGUAUUG